AUGGCUUCCUCAGUUUUUUCUUGCAUGCAAAAUCCAAUCAAGAAUUCUGCUGCAGCAUUUACAGCAGAACCUAUUUCUGUAAGGAAUAAUAAAUUAGAAUUUCCUUCCAUGAAACAAACUCUUUCAUCCAACAACUUGAUCUCCACUCAUACUAACUACCUCCAACCUAGUAUCAACAACACCGAUUAUUCACCGACCAAAUCCAGUUCAUCGACGAUCGGGAGACAGCUGUCAACUUCUUGGAGGGAGAUUCAAGGUUCGAACAACUGGCGAAACCUUGUGGGCCCCACAUUGGACCCGCUUCUCCGGCAAGAGAUCGUCCGGUACGGCGAAUUCGUCGCCGCAUGCUACAAGGCGUUCGACCUCGACCCGUCGUCAAGACGGUACUUGAGCUGCAAAUACGGUAAAGGAUCCAUUUUCGAACGGGUCGGGUUGGAGGAUCAUCACUCGGGCUACGAGGUCACUAAAUACGUAUACGCCACCGCCCCGGGUAUCCAUUUUCCGACACAACCCGAAACCCAUACCCGAAACCCUAAUAAAUCAAGAUGGGUUGGGUACGUAGCUGCAUCGUCCGAUAACCGAGUCAACUCGCUCGGCCGACGAGAUAUAGUGAUCGCAUUCCGUGGGACAGUCACUAGCUCCGAAUGGAUCGCAAACCUAAUGAGCUCGUUAAAACCCGCCCAUUUCGACCCGCAUGACCCGCGGGCCGACGUCAGGGUCGAAGCAGGGUUUUUGAGCUUGUACACUUCGGACGAAAGUGGGAGCAAAUUCGGGCUCGGAAGCUUGCGAGAGCAACUCCUUUCGGAAGUUUCUAGGUUAGUAGAGAAGUACAAAGGCGAAGAAAUAAGCAUUACUAUUGCGGGUCAUAGCAUGGGGAGCUCGUUGGCUUUGUUGCUUGCGUACGAUAUCGCGGAGCUAGGGUUGAACGUAACUAGACCUAAUAAAGAAUAUUCCGGCAAGGGGAAUAUUCCGGUGACGGUUUUUUCGUUUGGAGGGCCGAGAGUUGGGAACUCGGGCUUCAAAGAGAGGUGUGAGGAAUUAGGGAUCAAAGUUCUUAGAGUGGUAAAUGUGAAUGAUCCAAUUACGAAUUUGCCCGGAUUUGUAUUUAAUGAGAAUCUUUUCAAGGGUUUUAGUGGUGGGGGUUACGAGUUUCCGAAUUGGAGGUGUUCUUGUUAUACCCAUGUGGGUGUCGAAUUGGUGCUCGAUUUUUUCAAGAUGGAAAACCCUUCUUGUGUGCAUGACUUGGAGAACUACAUCAUUGGAUUGCUCAAAUCAUGUCCUAAUUAUAAGAGUUCUUGUAAUAAUAAUUCGAAGAGCGAUCGAGAUCAAGAUCAUGAUUACGAAUGGAGGAAUUUGAUGGAGAGGGCAAAGGGGUUUUUAUCCGUUGGAGCGCAAAGAUUCGACGGUUUGCAAUGGAGAAUAAAUGCAGCCAUGGAUGUGUUCAAUUUGGUUCAGUCCCAAUGGACAUGAUUGAAGCAGACACACACAACACACACUAACACACACCUAAGUUAUAGGGAAUUAAGGAACUCACAUUUAUCUUUGAUUUACCUAGCUAGAAAAUAGAUAUA